UUCUCUAAGUUCCCUUUUUGAUUAAAAUGGGUUUUUUCCUUAUAUUUAAGAACACAAUAUUGAGAAGAUAGAUUUUUAAGUCGUAAUCAGGAAUAAUUCAUAUAUCGCUGUGAUUAUUUUUGAAUAAGCAUUGAAAGUUUGACAAUGUGCCCACUACCUAUGCCAAUGUGAUUUUUGCAAUCUUUCAUACAAUAUCAUUUUUGUCAACAUUUCAAUUUUUAAAUAAUUGCGUUAUAAAGAAGUCAGAUUUAAUGACAAUAAGCUAGCAAAAUUUCAAUUGAUAAAAUAAAGUAUAAUGGUUAUUCUGCAAUUGCAUGAGCAGCCAGCUUUGAUUCAGGCAAUUUUUGCUGGAGAUUUAGAUGCUACUGAGGUUAUACUGAAAAGUAAUGUAGAUGUAAAUUUACAAGAUUCAGAGAAGCGAACAGCUCUUCAUGCCGCUGCUUUCAAAGCAGAUUCAGAUAUAGUAGCAGCUUUAAUACAGGCUGGAGCUCGAGUAAAUGCAAAAGAUGCUAAGUGGAUCACUCCUCUUCAUAGAGCAUGUUCUAUAAAUGCAGAUAAAAUUGUGUCUUUACUUUUGAACGCCAAUGCAGAUGCUAGAGCAAGAGACAGACUUUGGCAAACACCUCUGCAUGUUGCAGCAGCAAAUAAUGCAUAUGAGUGUGUUGCAUUAUUAUCCGAUCGUGUUCCCAAUAUAGAUUUAACUGAUAGAUCUGGAAAGACAGCUUUGCAUCAUGCCGCUCAUAAUGGUCAUACUUACAUUGUGGAUUUAUUGAUUACUUCAGGUGCUUCAGUUAAUGCUUCAGACAAAAAAUAUUUUCGGCCUCUACACUUUGCAGCUCAAAUGGGUCAUUCGAAAACGAUAGAUUUUUUGAUUCAGUGUGGAGCAGACAUUAAUGCAAGUGAUUGUAAUCAGUGUACACCUUUACAUGUUGCAGCAGCUAAUGGCAAUGACAGUGUCUGUAGAGUACUAUUGGCUGCUGGAGCAGAUAAAGAUGCUCAAAAUACAUACGGAAAUACUCCUCUGCAUAUAGCCUGCCUGAAUGGUCAACAAAUGGUAUGUCAAGACCUUGUUAGUGCUGGAGCUGACCCAGAUGCUGUCAAUUUUCAAGGACAAACGCCUCUUCAUAUAGCAGCUGCAAGUGCACACGGGACAGAAUGUAUGAUGUUCCUUUUAUCCCAAAAAGUUGAUGUGAACAAAAGAAGUUUAGAUGGUAGGACACCACUUCAUAUGACUGCAAUACAUGGUAAAUUCACUAGGAGCGCAUCUUUAAUCGAUCAUGGUGCUAUUAUUGAUUGUGUUGACAAAAAUGGUUGUACCCCUUUACAUAUUACUGCACAAUAUGGACAUGAUCUUCUUGCCACUACUUUGUUGUCUCUAGGGGCUAAUCCUUCAUUUAAAGGGUUUGAAGGAAGAACCCCUUUACAUAUGUGCUGUCUUUCCGGAAAUGUUGAGUGUUGUAGAAAAUUUCUUAUAGCAGGAGUUGAUUUGAAUGCUGUGGACGAUACUGGAAAAACACCAAUUCAUUAUGCAGCCUAUAAGGGUUCCGUUGAAUGUAUAGAUCUACUUGUGAGCAACGGUGCUAAGUUUUGCGAAAGAGACAACAUCGGUCGUGUUCCAUUGCACUAUGCAGCUGCUCAAGGACAUUAUCAAUGCGUUUUCACCCUUUUCGGUGUUGGAACCCCCGUAAACGCUGUGGAUAAUCAGGGUUGUACGCCGCUACAUCUAGCAGCUAGAUAUGAUUUGGAAAGCAAAUGUGUGGACUACUUUUUAGAACAUAAAGCGGACCCACUGAGCAAGGACAAGAAGGGUUUUACCCCUCUUCAUUAUGCUGUUGCAGGUAAUAAUACUAUAGCAGGUUUAAUGUUGCUUGUCUCAUUCAAUUAUAAACUUGAAAUCGAAAAUCUAUCUUCAACAUUGGUGACACCUCUUCAUUUAGCUGCCAAAGUUGGAAAUUAUGAAAUUGUAAAUACUCUCAUUCAACGUCGUGCGGAUGUUAAUGCUCAAGAUGAACAAGGGACCACACCGUUGAUGCUUGCAGCUCGUGAAGGGCAUUCACAAUGUGCAAUUGUUUUAGUCUUAGCAAAGGCUUCUGUGACGAUCUGUGAUAAAAUAAACAAUAUGACUGCUGUACAUUACUGCGCCAAAAAUGGAUACCACGAGUGCCUUCGAGAAAUAUUUAAAAGAGGGGAAGGAAAGGAAACCAUUGAAAUGACUGACAGCUUACAAAGGACGCCUUUAAUGCUUGCUGUCUCUUUUAAUCACAUAGAGUGUGUUAAAGUUCUAUUAGAAUAUGCUCUAAACGUAGAAAAAGUAGUGAAUAUGGUGGACAAUGACUUACAUUCUAGUCUUUUUAGAGCUGUUACUUUAGGUCACAGUAAAAUUUUACAACUUUUGCUAGCCAAGAAUGCUAAAGCCAAUUUAGUUGAUGUCAACGGAAAGAGUGCUAUCCAUCUGGCUGCUGCAUGUGCACAUUUAUCCUGCUUACAAAUACUGGUGGAGUAUUUGGAACCAAAUGAUGCUAUUGUUAUGGACAGACAAGAGUGUACUGCUCUACAUUGGGCUUGUUAUAGAGGUAAUACAAGCUGUACUGAGUAUUUACUCAAAAAGGGCUUAUUCAAAACAUUGAUAGGAAAUAAAUUCUCUCCAGUUCACUGUGCUAGUUAUUCAGGUUCAGUUCAGUGCCUUCAAUUAUUGCUUGAAACUUAUGGAAAAGAAAUAGUGAAUUUAUGUGAUACUCGAAAGCGAUAUCCCUUACAUAUUUGUGCCUUACACGGGCAUAUCGAAUCUGCAAAGCUGUUAUUGGACAAUGGAGCAACUUUGGAUGCUUUAGAUGAGGAGGAAAGGACUCCUUUCAUUGCCGCUGCACAAUUUGGACAAAACGAUAUUAUUGAAUUAUUUUUACAUUAUAAAGUUGAUAAAAAUCAUCAGGAUAAAUCCGGCAACACAGCGCUUCACUGGGCUUGCCUCAAUAAACACAUGUCCACAGCUGUACUUUUGCUGGAAGGCAUGACAGAUUAUAAUGUGAUACACAGCAUCAAUAAACAGAACAAAACGGCUCUUCAUCUAGCAGCAAGAAACGGGCUUGUCUGUGUCACUAGAGAAUUAUUGAAAAGGGGCGCUUCAGUGUAUGCAGUGGACUCGGAGGGAUAUACUCCUGCCUUAAGUUGUGCUCCAAAUAGUGAGGUUGCCCAAUGUCUUGCUUUAAUUCUAUUGAAUGCUAAAAAUAGUGCUUCUGGAGAAUUUGUUCCCAACCAUUUGCUGAAUUCCUUUUUGUCGAUUGCCAAACGAACCACCAUGAUUCAACAAAAUUCCUCCCUCCCAAAGAAAAAUAGCCAAACUCAAACUGACAAAGCUCUACUGAAAAGUUCAUUAGAAACUGAUAAGAAUAGAUUACGUUUUGAUCCCCCGAUUUGGUCGAAAAAUCCGAAAAUUUUGUUUCCUUCUUGUUCUUCAUCCCUUAUGCCGUUCUUCACGAUGUCAAAAUGGGAAAGGAAACAUUCUGAUAAUAGUGAAGAGGAAUGUUUUCUGAUUGAUAACAGUGCACAAAACGAGAAAAACCAUGGAUUAGGAGGGGAGAGCAAUAAAGGCUUGAAUCUACAUAGAUCAUUUUCUGAUAUGUCUAUCAAUAGACAUAAUGGCGGUAAAAUAAAUCUUGAAGAGACUUUAAGAGCGCGAACUUUGAAAGAAUUAAGUGAUCGUAAAAAAGGAUGUAGAGAAUGUUCGUUGUGGCAGAAGAGGUGUUCAGAUUGUACUUUGAGACAUUUGUUGAGACAGCAUUUGCAGGGUAAGCGUUCACCAAGAGAAUUCAAUGAGUUCUUGUUGAAACUGUUGAAUGAAAGUUCAACUGAAUAUAGGCAGAAAUUGCUUCAUGCCUUAGAUGCAUUAGGAAAAGGAUUUGAAAAUUCUUAUAACAAAGAUUUAACACCUGAUAUCAGACAAGUAGUGCGCUUUGGAAAAAAUAAAAAAAAUUCUAGUCGAAGUAAGAGAAUGGUGUCCAAAAUGGAUACUGGAAAUUUAGCUACCUUUAUCAAGAAGUCUCCAAGCGUCAAAAUAACUUUGGCACAACCGAAGAAUUUUCAAGAACAUAAACAAGUAGAAAAUGUCAAAAGUGCUGAAACACUGAUACAAUUAGAAAAUUCUAAUUCGCAGAAUGACUCGAUAUUUAUUAAUAAUAAGGAUACUCCCGACCUCAAGGAAAAUGGAGAUAAUCAAAACUCUAGCGAUACAUCUCUUCAACAGAACAAUGAAAUGUUGCAGUAUCAAGAGUUUGUUACUGAAUUAUUGAAGGAAAGUAACAAUCCCGCGGAACCUGUUUUUCAACAAGACUUUCUUAAAAAACUUCAAGAUAUAAAACUGGAGAAAGACUAUUCAAAAAUUCUGACGGAUUAUGUUAAAAACUUAUUAAUUGAUGGUAAAAGCUCAGAAAUAUACUCAUGUGAAAGAUGCCUCACAGAUGACGAUUUAUUCAAAUAUAUUGAAAAUUUAACAGAAAUAAUGGAACCUUUAGAAAAAAUAAAUGAAUCAGAGGGUCAGUUAAAAAACUCGGAAGAUGAUGAAAUACUCCAGACAAUUGCAGAUGAGUAUCUGGAAAAUUUCGAAGAACCUGUUGAUAAGAUUGAAGAAAAUGAAACGGAUAACGAGAAUAUAACAACUGAAUUGUACACUAUAGUUGAUAAAUCAGAAGUGGAAAUAAAUAAAGAAGGAGUUGAGAAUGAAAUAAACAACGUUGGUGAUUAUGACUUGAUUGAAGAUUACAUUCUUCCUCCUCUGAAAGUCAAGGAUUGCCUUGAUUUGGAUGGCUGCAUCAGUAUUAUACCAGUGCAGUUCAUACUAGAGGAGAAAAAAGACGAUUUGAAUACAACUAGAGUUUAUAUGAUAGAUAAGGAUUUAGGCAACGAAUUAACUCAAAGCUUGAGAGGAUCUGGCAGCAUACUGGAUGUCCCUUUUUUAACCGAAGAAUAUGGUCUUCAAGAUCCCUUGUCGAUUUCAAAAACAAAACCCAAACCCAAGAAAGAAUUUGCAUAUUCUGUUCAACAGCAUGUAAACAAAGACAUCAACACAGUCAACAAUCAGAACGAAUUAAUUAUUGAUAAAGCAGAAAGCCAAAGUAACAGACAAUGCAGAGAGGCAUCUAAUGAAAACUCAGAAUUUAGUGACAAUGAAUAUUAUUAAAAUUUUUCAAGACGUUAUUAAAUCGUCUUCUGUAAUUGUUGCUCAAUAAUUGGCUCGAAUGAGCUCUUAUUACUUACGAGGGGAACUAACAUCAGAAACUAAAACUAAUAAUUAUGUAUUGUUAACUUAAAAAGUCAAUUUGUGUUGAUCGAACAAAAAUAUAAUUUGUUAAUCCCAUAUUGUAGACAUAAUUGAUUGAGAAAUUAAUGCGAUUUAAAGGGUGAUAAAAAAAAAUGUGUACUUCUUAUGAGCUCUCAUGGAACGUCAGGAAUAUUGUGUUCAAGAAUAAAGGGUCAGAAUGAUUUUACAAACAUUCUGGGUUUUUUAUUCUGUAUAUAAAUUGCUUUUUAUAAAUACUUUUUAAUAAUGCAUUUGCCAAUGUAAAUAAUUGUUUUUAACAGUUUCUGAAUACAAAAAUUGAAAUCAA